AUGGCGUAUAGCUGUGAAAUCAUCAACCCUAUCACCGCUCGAGACUUCAAGACGGAAGAUCUCGAAGAAAUGAGACCUCAGGGCCAACAGAUUUCCGAUCGCUUGACUGUUGAGGUUGACUGCCACUCUCUGGGCUCCAGCGAAUGCCCCUCCAUGACUUCCAGCUUCUCUCCUUUGGAAUCUCCCACUCCGACACCUACCAGUCUUUAUAGCCAGAACUCCCUGGCCUCCCCCGGUUGGCACGAAGCCGGCCAGUAUCACAGCCUUCCUAUGGAACGCCGCACCUCCGCCACUCCUCUGCGCAGUGCAUUCAAGAUGGCGGACCUCACAUCGGGUGAUGGAAUGAACAUACCCUACGGCAGCAUGGAGCGUCAGGAACAGAUGUCCAUGCCCCAGUACCUGCCGGGCUACGACGAGAACGUCGACCAGUUUUGGAUUCCUCAGGAUGUACCCAAGACAUUCGAUGAGACCAGCUUCCCUUAUCAGGCCCCCAUGCCUCAAUACCACACCAUGGGCCGUAACUAUCACUAUCGGCCCCAGCAGCCCGCCUACCUGCCCGAGUCGGCUUCCAAUCCCUGCUUGUCUCGACCGAUGUUCACCCAGUCAGAUCGGAUCCCCAAUUCCAUGUCCAUGUCCAACAUGCUGCCAUGGAUGCCCUCCCACGAGUCCCUGGCGACUCAAACCAUUAGCCCUUCGCAGGUUCUCCCUGCGGGUCCUGUGACUCCGCCCUCUUCCUCAUAUUCUGAGUUCCCUACUCAGAUUCAAACAUUCAAAGCUCACACGCCUUCCACUCCCGUCCGCUCCAUGUCACUCGGUACACCUGGGGCUGAUACCCCGGGCAGCCGAGGCUCCAGCGGCCACGAGUAUCACGAUGAGUACCCCGUUUCUCCGGUGUACCAGAACGGGCUUGUGCGCCACCGCCAGCCUUCGCGCAAGUCAUCCAAAAAGCAAUUGAUCCGCUCCAACCUGAGCCUGGAGAACCUACCCUCGAUUAUCAAGCAGGUCCAGUUCAAGUGCAAAGAGCCCGGUUGCAAGGGUCGCUUCAAGCGCCAGGAGCACCUGAAGCGUCACAUGAAGAGCCACUCCAAGGAGAAGCCUCACGUCUGCUGGGUUCCUGGUUGUCACCGCGCUUUCUCCCGAAGCGACAACCUCAACGCACACUACACCAAGACCCACAGCAAGCGGGGCGGACGCAACCGCUAUGUCGCUACCCUCGACGAGACCAGCCCGGAUUACGAUCCCGACUUCCGUGGCCAGCUGACUCCUGACGGUCGUCCUCUUUACGGCACCAAGCUGGAGGAUCCCAUCCCAGACUGCGGUGAUCUCAGCGUCGACGGUUGGGAUGACUAG